CCUGCCUGGUCCCGUUUCCCACCCCUCCCAUCCCCCCAGGCGGGACUAUCUCAGCGGAGCCCCGCUGGGACCAGGUGUCCAGGACAAGAUGCUGCUUCGUGGUCUCUGGCUCUUCCUCGCAGCACAGCUGGCGGCUCUCCAUGGCAGCUCUGUACUCUGGCUGACUCCUAAGGACAUUCACGCUGAGACCAACCAAACGGCGAAGCUAGUCUGUGAAGCCAAAUCCUUCCCCUCUAACGCACGCAUCUACUGGCUGAGACAGCGCCAGGCCCCAAGCAUAGACAGCCGCCACGAGUUCCUGGUUGCCUGGGAUCCCACCAAAAAGACUUUGCAUUAUGGCAAGGAGGUGGAGAAGGAGAGGCUAAUUAUGUUCGGGGGAGUGACCCAAUUCUUUCUCAAUCUCACAAAUGUGAAGCCUUCGGACAGUGGAGCCUACUUCUGCAUGACCGUUGGGACCCCUGAGCUGACCUUUGGGAAGGGAACUCUGCUGAGUGUAGUUGAUGUCCUUCCCACCACUGCCCAGCCCACAAAGAAGACCACUCCCAAAAAGAGAAUGUGCCGGAACACAAGCCUGGUGACCCGGAAGCGCCCGCUUUGUGGCCCCCUCACCCUCGGUCUGCUACUGGCCGGUAUCCUGAUUCUGCUGGUGUCCUUGGGUGUGGCCAUUCACCUAUACUGCCGUCGGAGGAGAGCCCGGCUUCACUUCAUAAAACAGUAAGUGCUUGGGGUCUUAGAGAAGUGGCUGUGACCCGGCCCUGGGUGGGGUCCUAACUUCCUCAGCCCCUGCUGUGGCUCACAGCCUCCAACUGCAAGGAGCCCAAGCCAGACACCACCUUCAAAAACAUCUCAAACUGUAUAAAUCGAUGGCGUGAUAGAGUUCAGGAAAAGGGUAACUUAAACAAACAAUAACACUGGUUAGUAGUUGAAGUGAAUUACAAGUGCGGUAAGGUUCAGCCCUUAGCCCUCCUAAUCAUAACAAGCGCUCUUUACAUAGAACACAGCAGGGAAUCCCAAACUCUUUCCUUGCCCAUUAUUUCAUUCGAUUUGGUCCUGCAUGACCUAGGAGAGUUAUUUUUACAGAUGAGUUGAAAAAGUUGCUCAGAGCGUUUGGGAUAGUAAAGAACAGAAUUGGGUUUGAAAGCAAAUGGGUUCACCCCAAGGCCGGUGCCCUCCACCACUGUCUCUUCCUUCCCUGCUGGUGUUGGGUUUUGCACUGCCUUAGUUCCACUUCUGCCCUGGACCCCACCUAGGUCCCAGGAGUUGGCGAACCGACUGGCUGACUCCCAUAGACACAGGGGCUAAAAGCCCUCACCUUUUGGUCCCACUGAGCUGUGUAAACACAGGCAGAAGCCAAGAGGCUGAGAGGCCAGAGACAAUGGGCUGCUCCCAGCCUUAAGGACUUCCGGACCCCCGUUGGGCCAUGGACUAUGUUCUUGGAUUGCUUUUUCUUCCUCAAUAAUGGAAACUGUUUCCCAUCUACCUUUCUCAUUAAUUACAACCCCCUCCACAUAGUGACAUCUGAAAAACAAGAAAGCCCAUGCCUCUAGAUUGAAGACGGCAGUAGAACCUUGUGCUCAAGAGCUCUGGCUCUAGCAGGAGACAGAUCUGGACUUGAAUCCUGUCUGCCGCUCACAAACCAUGUGACAGUAGAUAGGUCACUUCACUUCUCUGAGCCUCUGAUCCCUCAUCUGCAAAAUGGGAUAAGAAUACCAACC